AUGGGUGACGCAUCAACGUCCGGAACCACCGCAGAGCCGAACAGACAUCAAGGCACAGUUCUUCCCCUCCGUAUUCUCACCCACAACAUCCGUUAUGCAAACGAUAACCCAGUUACACACGAACGAAGAUGGCCAGAGCGCUUUCCCCAUCUAUCAAGCCACUUCAAAUACCACACCCGCCAACACUUCUCCCCGUCAUCGACGAUAGUUUGCAUGCAAGAAGUCCUGCAUGUUCAACUUCAAGACCUGAUGCAUCAGAGUUUCAACUCCUCAUAUCCCGCUGAUUGGGCCUCCGUCGGCGUGGGCCGCGAUGACGGCGCAACCAAAGGCGAAUAUAGCCCCAUCAUCUUUAGGCAGAGUGCGUGGCAGUGCAUCCACUCCGAAACCGUAUGGCUUAACGAGACUGGCGAAGUUGGCAGAAGGGGUUGGGAUGCAUCAAGCGUUCGGAUCCUGACCUGUGCUAUUCUCAAAUUCCGAGAACCCUCUGCAUCGACCGCUUCUUUGGCCAACAAGACAAUCCUUGCCAUGAACACACAUCUCGAUGACCAAGGAGAGCUCUCGCGCCGUGAAUCUGCAAAACUAAUAUUGAGACACACAGGCCGAUGGCAAGCUCAGUACAGUCCGGAUUUCACCUUUCUCGCAGGCGAUCUCAACAGUCGACCGAGUGGCGACGCAUACCAUAUCCUCAAUGCUCCAGGAUCGGGCUUCGUAGAUACACGAAAGCUGAUUCCUGAUGACAAUAGCGACGGCAAAAUCUAUGCAUAUGGCAACGAACGGACGUUCACAGACUUCCAAGGUGAUCCAGGAGCCGGCGGAAAGCACCGAAUUGACUUCAUUCAUCUCGGAAUUUCAAAAAGGGCAGACGAGGAGGUGGCCGAUUUGGAGAAGGUGAGCAAUAUGGUUCAAGCCUACGGGGUUCUUCCCAACCGCUUUGAUGAUCAUGUCUGGAUGAGUGAUCAUCGCGCUGUUGUUGUCGACUUGUUGAUCUGA